GAAAAGAAAAAGCAGUAGAAUAUGAAGAAAAUAAUGUUGAAAAUGUAGAAACCACUAAUUUUCUAGAUGAAAUUUUUAACAAUAAUUCUCAUGAAAAUGAUUUUUAUGAAAAUGAUUUUUUUGAAAUGAAUUCAUCAACAAGUGAAGAACAAUUACCUAUUGCUUCAACUUCAUCAA